AUGCGGCGGAGCCCCCGCCCAGGCUCGGCCGCGUCCCCGCACAAGCACACAUCCAACUUCUACAGCGACAACAGCAACAGCUCAGUGAGCACCACCUCGGGAGACACCAGCGGCCACCGGUCAGGUGGGCCGGGGCCCGGGGAGCCCGAGGGCAGAAGAGCCGAGGGCUCGAGCUGCAGUGAGCCCGCCUUGAGCUCAGGAGUGUCCGGAGGAACCGCAUGGGAAGGAAGCUCUCGGCAGAAGCCGGCGCAGCGGAGCCACGAUGGGCCGACCACCGGUGGCGCGGCUACCGUGAGGGGCGGGGCCUCGGAACCGGCUGGCUGUCCCGUUGUCUCUGAGGAGCAGUUCGACCUUCUUUCGGCCCUGAAUCUGAGGCAGGAGAUGCAGUCCCAGCGAGCAUUCAAGAGUUUCCUGAGCCUAUUUUUGCAGGUGCUGAGCGUGUUUUUAUCCCUGCUGGGAGACAUGCUGGUCUGUGUGUACAGGGAGGUCUGUUCCAUCCGCUUCCUGCUCACCGCUGUGUCCUUGCUGAGCCUCUUUCUGACAGCUCUCUGGUGGGGUCUCCUGUACCUGGUCCCUCCUUUGGAGAAUGAAACUGAGAUGCUGACUCUAAGCGAGUACCACGAGCGCGUGCGCACCCAGGGGCAGCAGCUGCAGCAGCUCCAGGCUGAGCUGGAUAAACUCCACAGGGAGAUGUCCAGCGUUCGCGCAGCCAACAGCGAGAGAGUGGCCAAGCUCGUAUUCCAAAGGUUGAAUGAAGACUUUGUGCAAAAACCUGACUAUGCGCUGAGCUCUGUAGGAGCCUCCAUUGAUCUAGAGAAGACAUCCCGUGACUAUGAGGACGAGAACACUGCCUACUUUUGGAAUCGCUUCAGCUUCUGGAACUACGCGAGGCCACCCACGGUUAUCCUGGAGCCAGAUGUGUUCCCUGGGAAUUGCUGGGCUUUUGAGGGCGACCAGGGCCAGGUGGUGAUCCGGCUGCCAGGUCGAGUGCAGCUGAGCGACAUCACCCUGCAGCAUCCACCUCCCAGCGUGGCACACACCGGGGGAGCCAACAGCGCGCCACGCAAUUUCGCAGUCUAUGGCCUCCAAGCUGAUGACGAAACUGAAGUUUUCUUGGGAAAAUUCACGUUCGAUGUGGAGAAAUCUGAGAUUCAGACUUUCCACCUACAGAAUGACCCCCCAGCUGCCUUUCCCAAGGUGAAGAUCCAGAUUCUAAGCAACUGGGGCCACCCCCAUUACACGUGCUUGUAUCGAGUCCGAGCCCAUGGCAUGAGAACCUCAGAGGGAGCAGGGGACAGUGCCACAGGGGGACCCAAUUAA